AUGUUGUCUUGGUGCGAUGUCCUGCUUUUCACUCUGCUGUUGUGCAUCGGAGAGCUGGUCUCAUCUCAGAUAAGAUAUUCUACACCAGAAGAGGUCCAAGUGGGAUCUGUAGUCGACAAUGUUGCCAAGGAUUUGGGAAUUGAUGUCAGUACCUUGUUGGAUAGGCGUUUCCGCAUUGUGUCUGGAUCUAAGGACGCCUUAUUUGAGGUAAACCAGAACAAUGGUGUUUUGUAUGUGCAUAAAAAUAUCGACCGGGAAGAGAUCUGCGACAGUACUGGUUCGUGUGUGGUAGAUUUAAAAAUUGUUGUUGAAAAUCCUCUUGAAAUUCACUAUGUGAGUGUGGAAAUACUCGACGCCAACGACCAUGCACCAACCUUUUCUGAGAGAGAAAAGAUAAUAGAGAUCGCAGAAACCACAUUACCAGGGGCAGGAUUUCAGCUGCCUGCUGCCCGAGAUCCAGAUGCUGGAAUAAAUUCAGUCCAACGUUAUAAAAUCAAUCAAAACGAGCACUUCCAACUCGAAAUUAGAGAUCGUGGGGAACAUAAAAUCCCGUUUUUAGUCCUACAGAAGAACCUGGACAGGGAACAAAAAAAUAAUCACAGUUUGAUUCUGACAGCCAUAGAUGGAGGGAGCCCACAAAAAUCAGCAAUUCUCAACCUGACAAUAAAAGUUCUAGAUAUCAAUGAUAACAGGCCAAUAUUUUCUCAAGAGGUUUAUACAGUCGUGUUAGCAGAGAACGCUUCUGUUGGUACCGUUGUGAUCAGAGUCAAUGCAACAGACUUGGACGAGGCUACAAACGGGGACGUUGAAUAUUCAUUUGGCAGCGACAUGAACCCAGAGGUAUUAGAUAUUUUUAGUAUUGACAAGGAAAUGGGAGAAGUUAGAGUGAGUGGGCGGAUAGAUUUUGAGACCAUUGAUGUUUUUAAGUUAGAUGUCCAAGCUUCUGACAAAGGACAGCCUCCAAUGACCACAGAUUGUAGCGUUAUAAUAAAGAUACAAGACGUCAAUGACAAUAAACCAGAGAUAGAAGUGACGUCAAUCUCCCCCACGGUCCCCGAGGAUUCAAAGAAAGGCACAGUGAUUUUUCUCAUUAGUGUUGCUGAUGAAGAUUCUGGUCUGAAUGGUAAAGUGAUAUGCAGCUUGACAGGAGAUGUACCGUUUGAAUUAAAACCUUCCUAUAAGGAAAAUAUGUACUCGCUAGUGAUAAAAGAAGCGCUGGACAGAGAAUAUGUGUCACAUUAUGACAUUACAAUAACAGCUACUGACUGUGGUCAACCUCCUCUCUCCACAUUGAAAAGUCUGAGUAUUCAGGUGUCAGAUGUAAAUGACAACAACCCAGAGUUCCCACAAAAUCCACUCGAACUGUAUUUGGUUGAAAACAACCUUGCUGGUGCGCUCAUAUUUUCUGUUGCUGCUUUCGAUAAAGACGAAAAGGAAAACGCUGCAGUAUCCUAUCAAAUAGCGAGAGGGGGAGGGAUCCAACCGGAUAUGGCGUCUUUCCUUAAUAUUAAUUCUGAAAAUGGACACAUUUCAGCACUAAGAAGUUUCGACUUUGAAACUUUGAAGACUUUCCAGUUCCACGUGGUUGCCACGGACUCCGGAAGUCCCCUGUUGCGCAGCAACGUGACAGUGAACGUGUUCAUCCUGGAUCAGAACGACAACGCUCCAGUCAUCUUGUAUCCAGUCAGCGCUAACGGUUCUGCUGAAGGUGUGGAGGAGAUUCCCCGCAAUGUGAACGCAGGUCAUCUGGUGACUAAAGUGAGAGCGUAUGACGCUGAUAUAGGAUAUAACGGCUGGUUGUUAUUUUCACUGCAGGAAGUCACUGACCACAGUCUGUUUGGUUUGGACCGCUACACAGGACAGAUAAGAACACUUCGCUCAUUCACAGAGACAGACGAGGCUGAACAUAAACUGGUCAUACUGGUGAAAGACAAUGGGAACGUGUCACUCUCAGCAACAGCUACUGUGGUUGUCAAGGUUGUGGAGCCCAGAGAGGCUUUUGCUGCUUCUGAUGUUAAAAGUGCAGCAAAAGAUGAAGAUGAGGACAAUGUGACACUUUAUUUGAUGAUAACUUUGGGCUCAGUUUCAGCACUUUUCCUCAUCAGCAUCAUCGUGUUGAUUGUGAUGCAAUGCUCCAAACCUGCAGACUAUUCCUCCAAGUAUUUACAAGACCCCAAUUAUGACGGGACUCUGUGUCACAGCAUCCAAUACAGAUCUGGAGACAGACGGUACAUGUUAGUUGGACCGAGAAUGAGUAUAGGAUCUACUAUAGUCCCAGGAAGCAAUGGGAACACUCUAGUGGUCCCAGACAGGAGGCGAACAUCUGCAGAGGUAAGAAAUGUUUUAAAAUUUCAUUUACAAACACAUACUAUAUUUGACGCUUAUUAA